UCGACUGGGGCUUGUGCAGUGUUUUGCUUUACCUUCUGACCAAGCGACAGGCUCACAGGAGGAGGGAGUAGAACUUUUUACUAGCUUCGCCCUCUCCUCUUCAUCAUGGAGGCUCGGCCACAUUUCUCCCGUGAGGAAAUAAACAGCACGGUGUGGGAAGUCCCGGAGAAAUACACACGGCUCAAACAGAUAGGGACCGGGGCGUACGGCUCCGUGUGCUCAACAAUAAAUGAGAAGACUAAAGAGAAAGUGGCCAUCAAGAAGCUCCACAGGCCCUUCCAGUCAGAGAUCUUUGCUAAGAGGGCCUACCGAGAGCUCAAACUACUCAAACACAUGAAGCAUGAAAAUGUGAUAGGACUUCUUGAUGUGUUUUCGCCUGCCUCAUGCCUCGAUGACUUCCAGGACUUCUACCUGGUGAUGCCUUAUAUGUUUACUGACCUGUCAAAGGUGAGAGGUCACCUCUCAGAAGACAAAGUCCAGUUUCUCGUCUACCAGAUGCUCUGCGGACUCAGGUAUAUUCACAAGGCUGGAAUCAUCCACAGGGAUCUAAAGCCUGGAAACUUGGCUGUAAACCAAGACUGUGAACUGAAGAUCCUGGACUUCGGGCUGGCUCGCAGUACUGACGCUGAGAUGACAGGCUACGUGGUGACUCGUUGGUACCGGGCGCCUGAGGUCAUUCUGAACUGGAUGCACUACACCCAGACUGUGGACAUCUGGUCUGUAGGCUGUAUCAUGGCAGAAAUGAUCAAUGGAAAGACCCUUUUCAAAGGGAGAGACUACAUGGACCAGCUGACUCAGAUCAUGAAAGUGACUGGAGUACCUGGAGCAGAGUUUGUACAGAAGCUGGACAGUGCAGAGGCCAAAACAUACGUUAAGGGCCUUCCUCGCUAUCCCAGAAAAGACUUCUCAACGUUGUUCCCCAGAGCCAGUGCAAAAGGCAUUGACCUGCUGGAGAAGAUGCUGGUUUUGGACGGAGACGAGAGACCCACAGCCGAACUAGCGCUGGAGCACCCAUAUUUCGACAGCUUAAGGGACCCGGACGACUUUCCUGAGCCUACGCCAUACGAUGACAGCCAUGACAACGACACAUUGUCCCUGGAUGAGUGGAAGCGGUUAUGCUUCAGAGAGGUGAAAAGCUUCGUGCCAUUUCCACGGCGGGACUCCAAGAGGAAAAACACUCUGACGAUGUCUCCGUGACCUGAGAAUGUCUUGUAAUUACUGACUCCCCGCCCUACACAGCAUACAGCCAAUGGUGCCCUUGUAUAUUCCAACCAUGGAUCCACUCGAUUUCUUUUACCCUGGAUAUGUUUAGAUUUUGACUCAGUGUUCAGAAGUGAUUCUUUUAAAAUGUUCCCACUUUUUUUGUGCAAUUCUUUUCUAAGUGUGGACUGCUCUUUGAAGUACACUUUCAGUGAACUAUCUCUCAAAUGUAUUGUGACCAAAUGUCACAGAAUUUACUGUAAUAUUUUUUUCCAAUUGAAUAAUAAGACAUGGUGUGUACAGAGUUUUGUUUUUGCAGCAAAUAUUAAAUGCCACUGCCCAAGGUCGACUGGUCUAACUCAUAGCCUAUAAAUAUCUUGUCAUUAAUAUUUUUGCAGUCUUAAGGAGGAAAUGGCUUCUUUAUAUGUUGUUUAUUAAAAUUAUCAUCAAGAGACAACAACUGGGUAUUGCUAAUGAAUGCGCUGAAAACUCCUGCAAAGCAAAGGCCUCAAAGAUUAGCAUUUACUGUGUCCAAUAUGCAUCUCGUGUCAGCUGGAAUGUGUGACCAUGAAGGUGUGUAUGAUGUGCAAAGCAAACAGGUUUGUGGUUCUAUACUCCACUACUGUAAUAUCUGACAUGCUGUAUAUAUCAUAACUGCACACAAUUUUACACCCAACCAUUACAGAUCUUUCUGGUAUGAUACAGCUUUUGAAUAUGCACUCUACUGGGCUGGUACAUUUAGAGGGUGCUGUGUGAUGCAUAAUAUUGCACAGAGGUCAUUCAUGAAUUUUAUGGAUAAUAUGUUGAAUUCAUUUUGUCAUCUAUCUGAAAGGGAAUCCUGCAUCUACUGAUUUUAACCAUGUGAUACCCUAAAAUAUUAUGCUGGUCUGUCACUCUCUCUGAGAAGGUGAGUGUGUGUGUGUGCAUGUGUGUAUACAACUAGAAUAAACAAUUAUAUUCAUGAGCAUGCAUGUGUGCACACAUUUUGUGUACAUUGGGUGACAGGUUUCCACUCCAGGUACAGACAGAUGGACCAGUCACUCAGAGAGCUGAUUUACACAAUUGCACGAUCAGUUGUGAGAGAAGAACCUAACUGUAACAGUGUUGGACAAAUCCCUGCCACUGUAACAAACAUAUGUACACCAGACUUUAACUGAACAAAUGGUUUAAACAGGGGAUGUAAAGGGCUCUUGGUGUUUGAGUUCAGAUCACAUCUGUAUCCCACUUCCAUAAUACAUGUAGUGUGCAACAGUGACAGCUCAAGUAUACUUAAAACAGUAAGUAUGCAUAUUAAAAAAAAUUCACUUGAUUUGUGAGAGUGCUGUUAAUAAAAAAAAGUCAAAGCAGU